CUUACUUCCGCCCUGAGAGUUGUGCGGGAAGUUUGGAGCUGCUGAGCUAUUGCGUUUAUUUCCAUUCGGGAGUUGCUACUGUGUGCAGGUUCAGAUGCCACCCAAAGCCAAGGCAGCUAGGAAAGCGAAAGGGCCGGCGAAGAGAAAGCUGGCCGAGGAGUUCCCCCCCGGAGAGAUUCUGACCGACACAGCGAAGAAAAGCUGGAAACUCGGGACACCUAUUGGUCAGGGAGGCUUUGGCCUGCUGUAUCUGGCAAGCGACAAUACGUCAAAGGCUGUUGGAGUCGAUGCACCUUACGUCAUCAAAGUGGAGCCGAGUGAUAACGGCCCUCUCUUCUCCGAGCUGAAGUUUUACAUGCGAGCUGCCAAACCUGAGCUCAUCGGCGCUUGGAUAAAGUCCCGGAAACUGAAAUACUUAGGGGUGCCAAAAUAUUGGGGCUCAGGACUUCAUGAGAAAGGAGGAAAGAGGUACAGGUUCAUGGUCAUGGACCGAUUCGGAACGGAUCUACAGAAGAAGUUCGAGGAAGGCGGCAAGAAAUUUCCACGGAAGUUGGUUCUCCAGCUUGGCCUUCGACUCCUUGACAUCCUCGAGUACAUCCACGACCACGAAUAUGUCCACGCUGAUAUUAAAGCCUCCAACCUCCUACUCUCCCAUAAAAACCCCAAUCAGGUUUACUUGGUGGAUUACGGACUGGCCUACAGAUACUCGCCGGAAGGUGUGUCGAAGGAAUACAGAGAGGACCCGAAGAGAUGCCAUGAUGGGACCAUUGAGUUCACCAGCAUUGAUGCACAUCAUGGAGUUUCUCCCUCCAGAAGAGGUGACCUUGAAAUCCUGGGCUACUGCAUGACCCAGUGGCUGUGCAGCCGCCUGCCGUGGGAGGAUAAACUCCAGGACCCGGUUUACGUCAGAGACUCAAAAAUACGAUGUCGCAACAACGUCCGAGAAUUCAUGAAGAGCUGUUUCACGACAGGACAUGAACCAGAGGAAGUAAUAAAGUUCAUGGAGGAGGUGAAGACGCUGGGCUACACGGACAAACCUGACUACACGAAGCUGCGCAGCAUUUUGCAGCAGGGAUUAAAGAGCAUCGGCGCCACUGAUGACGACAAGCUGGACUUCUCAGUGUCCUUGUCUGGCGCGGGGCCAUCCUCAGCCAAGCGAAAGAAGGCAGCAGAAAAAGAGGCAUCUAAUGACAAAAUGGAUGGCUCCCCUGCAAAGAAGAGACGUCUACCUCAGAAGAAGGAAGAGAACGGCGUGAAGAAGACCAGCGUGAAGAAAUCCAGUCCGAAGAAGCGCUCCACCUCCACAGGGACGAGAGCUCCGAGAACCCGUGGCAGGCCCAAGACCACGGCAUAGCUCUGCUCUUUUAAACUGUUACAACUUCUCUUCCUGUUUUUAAGACUAGUCUGGAUUGUUUCUUAGCUGUACGUGUUCUUUUCUUUAACUUUUUUUUUUUUUCCACAGGAUGUUGAGUACAUUCUCAGUAAAAUAAUAUAAUAAAUAACCAAAAAAAAAAACAAAA